AUGACAUUGACUCUGUUGCACCAUCUGGACCUUCCUAAUUUAAGGCGGAAGCCCUCUGGUACAGUACUAUUGUUAGUGCUGCAAUCGCUAGACACCAAUGCGAAUUCGUUUGGCGAGUACCGAACCAGAAAUUCGAGAGUAGUUUUGGAUCCAUCUGACCUGUAUUGGCUCGCGGAAAACUGUCCAACACUCCGUUUGAUAUACCCGGACUUGGAUGAAUCUUUCAGAGCGAGUUUCCACGACGCGGCUCAAAUAAUGCCGUUUUUGACAUCUUUGGUAGCGAGUUCUCUUGAUUGGAUAGCUGAAGAAGAUAGAGAGCUGAUUUGGGAGCUUUCCAGUACGAAAAUGUCGGAUUACAACUCUGGGUUUCGGUCCGAUCGGACACGGGUACUUCGUAUAGGUACUCUGGAAGUGGAACUAUUUGAGCCCGGCUUUGAUUUCGAUCAUCUUGGCCUGAAAACCUGGGGAUCAUCUCAUCAGCUUUGCAAUUAUCUGGUCAACCAUUUCGGAGGACUUGAGUUGAAAGAGCCCGUGUUGGAACUUGGUUCGGGUACUGGGCUGGUGGGUAUAGUACUGGCAAAGUUAGGGAUGUCUCUAUUAUGUACUGAUCUCCCACCGAUUGUGGAAAAUCUUCGCAAGAACCUCGAUCUGAAUGGCGUUGAUCGUGUGAAAGUUUCUACACUUGACUGGACGGAUCCUGAGGCCUCUUCAGUUGAGCCGCACUCAAUGAGCACCAUACUGGUUAGCGAUUGUAUUUAUUCUUCCUCGCACCCAAAAUUGGUGAGUGAAAUGGUGGCAAGAUUUUUAAAGAACGAGAGAGAUUCUAGACUAUUGCUGCAGGUUCCCAUUCGUAAGGGAUUUGUGAAGGAAAGGGACGAAGUUUGGGGUUUGAUAGAACGAUUGGGUUUGAGGGUUUUGCUCGAACACGUUUCUAAUGGUAAGGACGAUUUUGGUGAGAGUGAAUUUAAUUUGAGGUGUUAUGGGUGGAAAUGA